AUGACUUUUGGCGCAAGAUUGGCUUCAAUAGAUUCUGACUACAAAAAUGCUUUUGUUCGAAAUAUGAUUGAACGUAGUUUUGGGAAAGAUGAAAGUGCGGAGGUUUGGAUUGGUUUAAAAACUAGAGCAGAAUUAACAAACAAUCCAAAUUCACAUUUUACUAAUUUUGGAGAGGAAGAAAAAAUUGAUGGAUGUGCUGUUAUGGGAAUUAAAGGAAAAUGGAAAAUUCGUUCCUGUAGUAAUUUGAAACCUUUUGUUUGUGAACAGAUUUUAAUGUGA